AGGAUUUGGUUUCGUAACAUUUCAAUGUGAGGACGUUGUGGACAAAGUCUGCGAGAUACAUUUUCAUGAAAUAAACAACAAAAUGGUGGAGUGCAAGAAGGCGCAGCCGAAGGAGGUGAUGCUGCCGGCCAACCUGGCGAAGACCCGGGCCGCCGGGAGGGGAGCUUACGAUUUCAUGUGGUCGUUGGGGGCCUUACCAGAUGGUUUCCCAGCGGCGGCCUACGCUGCUUACGCUGCGGGUAGAGGGUACAGCGGUUACCCGAGCUUCGGCCUUCCCUACCCAGCAGUGGACCUAACAAACGGACAGCUGACUCCAAACAAUAACACACCACUCCUAACUCAAGCUUUAUCAGUGAUGAACAACUACCAGGCGGCAGCGGCAGCCGCAGCCGCAGCGGCGGGUUUCGGCCCUCCUGCCUCGCCGCACACGCCGCGGGCCGCAGGGUUCCCUGGGGCGAACAGCCCGGGACCUGCUCUGGACAUGUACACUUCCACGCCAGGCCCGCAGCCCGAGUACGUCCAAGCAGCCAGUCCCCAGAGUUCGGCCUUCCCGACCAUUGCUGUCAGUAGGGCACCCAUCACCUACAACCCUGGUCCUUUGAUACCAGCAGCAUUUACCAACGGCUAUCACUGAAGUCGCAGUCCUAGCAUUCUAGGAAAGUAGUUGGAGUCCCCCGUUAGUAACCUGUAGCGAGGUGUAGUAAGUUAAAACAGUUCUCUCUGCCUGAGUGUGACCAGGGUGGGCGAGCCCGCCAUCACACUCUUCUAAUACAAUAUCCCUAGAUCGUAAGAGGUACCUUUGUACAGAAACUGCACUUGCAGCCUCUGAACUGUCAGUUUUUCGAUGUAUGUAUACAUAAAAACAUAUAUAUGCUUUUCCUUUUUUUUUUCUUCUUUAUAUAUCAUUUUUUGUUUUUUUUUUCCAAAAAUGCCACUCGUGUAUACAUACAUUUAUAAAACUUAUUCAAGUUAUGUAUAUAUUUGUUUUCACUCCUGUGUAUUGUAAUGAGAAAAAAAAAAAUAACUGAAAACCUUAUUUAAAAAAAAAAUUAAAAAAUACUAAAAAAAAAAAAUUAUUUCAAAAAAAAAAAUAUGAAAAAGGUACUAUUCUACCCUACACUGUACCCAUCCUUUGGUAGCGCCUUUCAUUUUAUAAAAAUAAAAUAUCGUUACACCUAACCUUUAUUUUCAUAACAGAGUCCUACUUAGGCGUGUAAACUGUGUGUUUUGUCCGCUCUUGUUUGGCGAAACACUAAAGCUCACUUAUAUGCAUGAAAUAUUUUAAUCUAUAAUAAUAAUAAUAAUAAUAAUAAUAGUAAUUUAAAAAAAAAAAGUUAUUUGUAAAUAAUAUUUGGGCGCAUAAUAUAAGUGCACAGUCUAUACUUGUACCCAAUUGUCGCUCUUGUUAUAAUUGUUGACGAUUUUGAAUGAUUUUUCGUAGUAUGUUAUAGUAAAAGAAGAAAAAAAUAUUAUAUUUUUUUUCUUUGUUUUUAUUUUGUACAUUGUUAUUAUGGCUACACUAUUCGGUAGGGAAAUGUUAGUCACCGUUAGAAGGAACAUUAAAUGAUCAAUAAUUUGUUCAAAUUAUCCGAUAAUGGGUCAUCAACUUUUACCCUCUUUUUUUUAUUGACAAAUAUAUAUAGUUGUUGAUUUGUUUUGUUGAUAUAAUAAAUUGAUAUUUUAAUACUUACAGGGUAUUCUAUUUAAUAAUUUUUAUGGGAAUACAGGAGACGUAUGAUCUUAUUCAUUGAUAAUCAAAUCACGUUGGACCAACAUGGUAAUCUAAAUAAGAGAAGUUCAUUGAUUGGAGUUUAACUCCUUCCUGGCGUCUCACAUUAAUUUUAUCACAUUUUUAUUUUUUAAUUUAAUUCUCUGGGCAAAAUGUUCUUAUAAAAGGCCUAAAAUAAAAUCUUAACUUAAAAAAAAAUCGAAUACUGUUCGUAUACCUCCAUAGCCUGUUUUUUAAUAAGUAUGCUAUUUGUUGUUGUUAAAUUAAAGUUUUUUACUUAUUUAAAAAAAAUAAUAAUAAUAAAAAAUUAAAGAAAAUAGCAUACUCUACAUAAGUAUUAAAUUAUUUUUUGUACAUAUUUAAAUUUUAUUGAAUGAAAAAAUAAAAUAAAAGCAUAAAACAAAAUUUAGUUAAAUAGGUUUUUUUUGGGGAUGUUUGACUUGAAUUGUAGUGGGCAAGUUUUUUCUAUUGUUUGAUUUUUUUUUAAAGAAAUCAUAAUUGAUAAUGUACAUAUUUAAAAAAAAAUAAGAAAAAAAUGAGGGAAUACAAUUUUCUCCUUCUAAAUGUAGCUUUUAGUGUGACCCAAUUGUAUCAUAUUUACAGCUCACAUUUUCCCAAUGGCGUACAUUAUAAUAUGCGCUAAAUAUAUAAAUAAUUGUUGAUAAAUAACUGGGUUUGUUAUAUAGUAAAUAUUUAAAAAAAAAAAGAAAGAACACAUAUUUUAUCGAUUGGAUGCAUUGGAAAAGAACAAUCUAAUGGAUAUGUCGUAUUGUUUUAUGUGAGCGCGCCUAUAUACAUAUUAUAUAUAUUUAAAUAUAUAUAUAUAAAUAUAUAUACAUAACUCUAUAUAUUAUAUAUAUUUAUACAUAACUUUAGGAUAUGGUUUCACUACCCAUCUCCUUCCUAAUCCUCGAAACCUAUACCCUGUUUCUAUCUCUCUCACCCUUUGUCAUAUAAAUGAGAGUUAAAACUCAGAACAAAAGCAAUACUUAAUGUACUUUAGAAUUAAUAAUAUAUAUAAAUAUAUAUAUAAGGAUGUCAUUUGUCGUAGCCAGCUUGUGAAAAUGAGAAUAAAUAAAAAAACUUUAAUAUGAUCGAUUGUAAAUGAAAAAAAAAAUAUUGUAUUUUGAUACCAUGGAAUAAUGUUAGUAAUAAUUUACUGUGAGGCUCUGUAGCUGGUCUAAGUUUUUUCGAACAGCAGUGGGCAGGAUGUAGUUUUUUCGACCCCUGUUGAAUAAAAAAAAAUAUAUAUAUAUUAAAAAUUUUUCUAAAAAAUAAACAAAAAAAAAAAGCGCGCUUCGUCCCAGUUACCUACACACCAGCUAGCGUCUUGUACUUGUACUCGACUUGCCUCUCAUAUAUUCUUUAGAUAAUCUACUUUACUAGUACCUGUAAGCAAACAAUUCAUGCCUACCAUAGUUUAUCGAUAGUACUUAUUAAAAAAAAAAAAAAAGUAACUAUAUAUUAUUUAAAAAAUAAAUAUUGCAAACAAUCCAAAAUAUUGUAUACUUAAGAUUAAGCCUCUUUAUAGUAUAUUUAAAAAAAUGAAACGAUAUAGUUUACAAAUUUUUAAAAAUGAGGAAACACAUGUUUCUGCCUUUGUAUAAAAAUUUACUCAACUUCCACCAGCUACUGUCUUAACCUUUGCCUAGAAGGCAGCUUCACAAACUGUAUACAAAAUAUCCUGUGUAAUCUUGUAUAUAUAUAUAAUAGGCUAGCUUCUGUCUCAGUUCAAUCUAUAGAGCACCAUUUAUAAUUAUUAUUAACGACUGUCGAUUAUAGACUAUGUUUUCAGUUUUAAAAAUAUAUAUUUUAUUUUUUUUUUAAAUUAUAUAUAUAUAGGCGUACGCUUGUAAAGUGUAUACCUAUAUAUAUAAAAAAACUCCUUUUAACAAAUAUAUAUUUUAUAAUCACACAAACAAUGUGUAUGUAUGAAGCAAUGAGACAAGUGAUUGAAUAAUUUUAAGUUAAGAGUGUAGUAGAGCCUAUCAUUGUGUACAUACGCGUCUAUAUACUUUUUUAUGAGAAUUUUUUUUUUUUUAAUCUAUUUUAUUUUUUUAUUUUUUUUUUCGAAUCCUGUUUCCAGCCUUAGACGAAAGUAUAGUAAUUUAUUUUGUUAGGCGGAGAGAGUCUAGGGUUAACUAUAUGAUAUAGGCCACAGAAUCGAAACUAGCAAAGCCAGUUUAUAUAGCCAACGUAUUACCAAAAACCUUUACUAGAGAAGUCUUCGAGCUAGCUAUUAUGCGUCGGUUCUGAAUUUAAAAAUCGAUUUUUUUUUCAUUUAUCGAUAUGUAUUAUACUGGCCAGCUUAUCGAUCAGUUGUUUUCAUUUUCAAUUCAUCGAAUUCUUUGAAUCGUCCGAAACAUUUUCUUCCCUUGCACCAGAACCGACCUCUUUGCAUUUUUUCUCUCUAGUGAAUAGCUUUUUGUCUUUUGUUUGAUUUCUAUACUAUUUCUAUAUACUGAAGAUGUGAUAUUAGACCCGUUUGCGUUUAUAAACUAUUUCACAUAGAAUGAAAAAAAUAAUAAUUAAAGUAUAUACAUUUAUAAAUCAAAUAUAAUUUGAUCUCACGUUUUCUAUGGCAGCUUUAAUACUUUAAAUAAUAAUGUUAAUAAAAAAAAAUUUAAACUUAAAUAUUUAGAAUCGAGCAAUAUAAGAAACGGUGUUUUUGUACUCAAAUUGUUUUUAAAUUAUAACAAAAAUAUAUAUAUUUUUUCAUAUUUGAACCAUAUUUAUAUAAGAUGAAUUUUUAAAAUAUAAAAAUAGAUCAUUUUAUAAUUUUAGCAGAAGUUGUGAAUAGUUUUAUUUCUAUAGAAUUUUUUUUUUUAAUUUUGAUUAUUUUUUUUUUAAUGUAAUAAUUUUUCAUCGAGCCCUAGUUACUGGUGACAUUUUUAGGAAUAGGUAUAAAAGACAUCGGGAAAGAUUGUGAUAAAAACUGUUUUCCUGCUAUUCUAAUUGUCUUAUAGUUAUUUUUGAGUUUUUUAAUUAUUGUAGUUUUUUUUUUGUUUUGUUUUUAAAAUAAAAAUUGUGAAAUAUGAAAUGCUUAGUAUAGACGAUGGUUUGUGUAACUUAGUCCAGUAAAAAUAAUAUUAAUCUUGUCACAUGCUUCUUCAUUACUUUUUUAUUUAAAAAAAAAAAUAGAAAAUUAUUUUAUUGCUUGAAUCUCGUGUAAUUUCUAUUUAAUUGUAUAAUAAUUCAGUAGUCGCUUAUAGCAUCUGUAUAUUUUGUUUAUAAUAAUAAUAAUAAUAAUUAAAUAUGUACCUGUUUCUUUAAUAACUAACUUGAUGGCGACUUUUAAUAAUUUAUUGUUAAAACUACCUCUUUAGAAAAAUUUUUACUGGGCUAAGUGUUUUCCGUAACAAAUGAUUUUUUACACGUAACAUAACAUAUCACCAAUUAAUAUCCAUUUGUAAAAAAAAAAAAGAAGUGUGGCUCAUACAAUCUCGUUUAAAUUUUUUCACAAAAAAAGAAAAAUUAAUAAAGACGAAACGAAAAAAGCCACAUAAGUACAACUCUUUUAAAAUAUUGUUUCUUCUAAUAAUUAUCUCUCUCUUUCCGUAUAUUCCUCAUUCCGAUUUUUUCCGUGCCUGUGUUUUUCUGUCGCUAGUAUGUGGUCUAUAAGAUGUAGGGUUAGCUAGCUGGAAUAUUUUGGGCCACCCCGCCUAUCGAGGUGUGGCUCCUACCCCUUCAUGAGGGUUCUGACAAUAUAUAAAUAUCUAAAAAGUUUUUUGACAAAAAAUAAAUUUUCGUUCCUUUACAAGUAAAUAAAUAAUAAAAAAAAAUAAGAAUAUAUGUGAAGACGAAAAAAUUGGCCUUAUUGAUUCUUUUUAAUAUCGAUGUGACGUAGAAGGUGUACCCGAAAUUUUUUGAAAAUCUCCUCCCCCCUCCUCUUACAUAUUUCGAUUUUUUACAAUUUUUUUUUGUCUUAAAUGUUACGUCCAUUUUUCUAUAAAACUCAUCCUGAACUUUUCCCCUGCCGGCAUCUAUAAUCUGCAUAUUUUUUAUAAAUCUCUUAUCAGUAUUAUCAAAUUUUCUUGUGUAUGGACCUAUUUAGAGAAAAAAAAAAUCACCAUUUUUUAUAUUACAUAUGAGCUGAACACCAAUCUACGUUAUUUAGAUGAAAAUCUCAUUUCAGCCGAAAGGUUUUUAUUAUUAAAACAAAUAAAACGUGAUCUUUUAAAUAUUGUUAUAUGGUAACGUGUUUGAUUCUCUUGUGUUUAAAAAAAAAAAAUUAUCUUGUUCUUGUAAGAUUUUUUUUUUUUUUCAAAAAAGUAAAAAACAUUGAAAGGUAGUUGAACAAAGAGAAAACAUCGUGCCAUUCAUAACAGAAGAGGAUCAAACAUAAUUUAUCCACUCAAAGAACGUAGAAAGCGUCUAGAUAUAGCUGAAAGCCUAUUUAAAGUUUAUCUGUAUGCAAUGGAGUUUUUUACUGAAAAAAAAAUUAAUAUUUACAAAUGUUUUAAGGUAUCUAAGUAGAUUGAUUUUGCAAUAAGUCAAAAAAGAAAAAAAAAAAAAAAAGAGAGCAAUAAUGCAUUUUUUUGCAAAAUGAAAAACUUGGUAACUUUAAAUCAGCUUUGAUUUGUUGUGUGCCGGAGCAAAAAAUUGAAAUGAAAAAAAAAAAUUUCAAAAAAAAAAAAUUCAUUCAGUGCACCCAACGUGUCUCACUUGCUAGUGCAAUCUCCAUCUAGCUUCGCUGAAAUUAUUGCCAAUUGUGUGUACAGUUUAGUACCAUUGUACAUAAUAUUAUAACAUUAUAUAAUUAAACUAUUAUUACAUAAAGAUAAGUCUAUAUUAUAAACAUAUACUUGAUCGAAGGAUAUGGGUCACAUGUGCCGUAUAUGUGGAAAAUAUAAGAACAUUGUUCAAU